CCUACAAUUCAAGUACGACCAGGUUGUACCUACCGAUAAGCACGGCCCCUAGUAGCCUACCUCCGUUGUCUUUACUUGCCCCUCUUCCCAAACUUGCCUCCUCAUUACCUAGGUACCUUUUAGGUAUAUGGUUGUUUGCUGUAUGGUCCGGACCUUACCUACCUCAUACCUGUAGGUUUGCCCAUUAUGUCAGUAUGUCAGUAGAAGCAACUUGGAUAUAUCAUAUCAUGCCUUCCGAGGCUUGCAAGAAUUUAUUUAGGUUAGGUAGUUUUGUAAAUGUGUAAGGUACAUGAUCUUAUUUUAGAGUCGCGUUAAGUACCUAUUAGGACAUCUAGUAAAAGUUCCAAUUACCGAAUUCGGGCACUGUUAGCAUUAAAGUUACUGCACAAGCAUGAACAUGCAACAGCUACAUUGUUCGUCUGAGUCUGAUCAUUCGAGUUCUUUGUACAUAUAAGUGGAGCUCGGUACCUAAUGUCGCGUACUUUGUAGCAUGCUCGCAUACUAAACUUCGCCUUAAACUUACAGCGACAACUACCUAACCCUAACAUAAUAUCUAACAGACCAAACGGGGACGCCUUAUAUCUCUAGCUUCGCCAUCUUCAUAUAUCUAGGGCGAAUAGAAAAUGCCUGAACCGGCAUCGCGAAUAGCGAUUAAAUUUGGGACAUCGUCCUCCUCAUCAGUCAACGGAGUUAAGAAACAGAAUCAUGCGCAACCAUCAUCGACGUUAGGCAAGCGUCACCGAGCACACGCCCUAUAUCAUGAUUCCGAUUCCGGGAGCGACGAUGAGACCAGUGGUCGACAUGAAGCAAUCACGACUAUCGGCGACGACAUAUCCGAGUCUGAAUCUAAGAGGCGAAACCUAAACACGGGUAAAUCCGGACGCGCCAACGCACCAUACGUGAUAACAGGCCACAAGAAUCGCGACUGGAAAGCAGAGUUGAAGGCUCAGAGGGGUACCGAGAACGGUACGCCAUCGAGGCGGAAUGAAUCUGACGGCUCUGCAGAGAGAGACCCGGCCGACCAGGACAAGCAAAUCAAAUGGGGUCUUACAGUGACGAAGAAACCAGUACAGGAUGCCGAGAAUUCGGAUAAGAGUCUAUCAAAUGACCAAGAACCUGCUACACCUGGCCGCGAAGAAAUUAAUCGCGAUGACGAGACUGAGGCUUCUAAGCACGAAGACAAGGACGCUAUAGAUGCUCUCUUAGGCAAAAAACGAAAAUCUGCGAAAGACCUCGUCAUCGAAGGGUCAAGACAUAGCACGCCCACAACCCUUUCAGAACAGGAUGCCUACCGUCGUAGAAUGGGAGAAGCUGCAGAGGUAUCAACUAUAGAGGAAUAUGAUCAGAUACCCGAGGGUGAAUUUGGAGCAGCCAUGCUACGAGGAAUGGGUUGGAACGGCGAGGAGCGCGGUGCGAAGCCUAAAGAAGUCAAAAGGCGACCGAAUUUGAUGGGGCUCGGUUCUAAGGAGGACGAGGAAAUUAGGAAGGGGGAAUUAGCCCGAAAACAUGGACAUCGGGAACGGAGACCCCGUCUUGACGAGUAUAGGAGGGAUAAAGAAAAAGAGAGACGAGACCGCGACGAGCGCCGGGCUGAUAGCUACAAGUCCGAACGCGAACGCGAGCGCGAGCGACGAGAUUAUGGUCAUAGCCAUCAUCGCGAUCGGGACCGGGACCGGGACCGGGAUGGCCAUAGACACUCUGAGCGCAGCCAUAGAUGCUGAAAGAACUGGCUAACGCCUAAUCAGCCCGACAGAAUAGAAUAUCUGUGGCUUUUUAGCGCAUGACGCCACGUCGACUCUACAAACCUGCCUUAGUCCUAUAUAUUUAAAAGCCGACUUCUCAUGAUUGAACUGCUCGGGAUGAGAUAUUCGCCGGAUAAGUUCUGUCAACGGAGAACCCUGAUAACCCUAGCUAUCACAUAAUAUCGUUGAGGCAAAGAUUGUUGAGAUAUUCAUAUAUUCAUAGUACAGGCUUCUGGAAUUAGUGCUCAACACAACAACGGGACUUAUCACUAUUAAGAAAUAGUGAAGGCGGGACAAGGGAAUGGCACCCAUAACAGAGCAAUCUUGGGCCUUGAGGACAGAUCAUUUCUACAGCUCUGCAUUUGAAUCAAGACUCCUAUAUUGUCGGUGUAGUCUUACAUGGUAAUUUGUCUCGACUCUCGUGGACGUUACCUCUCCUUGUUUUUUAUAUCGUCUCCCCUGGUUGAUCCCUGGCUACCUAUUACCUGAUACGGUAUUC